GAUAUUAAUGGAGCUGAUAAUGAAAGGAUUUUUUUUUUUUUAAUAAAAGUUUUACAUCUCCCCUUUCCUAUCAAAAAAACACAAUGUACAGCUAUAAAUUACUUAAGUACCGCGUUUUAAUGAAUGAAAUCGUUUUCUUAUCACUUCAAAAGGAAUAAUUGCGAUGAUGAGAGCAGAAACCCUCCAUUUUGUGGAAGCUUCAAAUCGUGAUGGUCCUCGUUUGUUGAUAACCGAAAUCAUUUUACAGCUGCUAAUUAAUGGAAAAAAAAUAAAUAAGUGAAGGUCUGAAGGAUUUUUUUUUUCAAGAUGAUUUUGUAAAUAGGGCUUCAUAUGAAAGAGGAAGCACGGAAGUAAAUAUUUAUUACUAUUUCCUCAUAGACUUGGAUUUUCCCUGGCGAUGGACAACAGGUGAGUUUAGUAUAAAAGCCCUCACCAUGAAGGCUAUAACAGUCCAGAGGCCACAACCUGAGCAUUGAUUCUGAAGCAUCACUCGAGUUUUGAUAAAAAAAAAAAAGUCUAAUCAAAUUAUGAUGUUUUCGCUGUUUUUUGGAAUAUUUUUCUUGUUGUCGGAGAACAUCGUGGAAGGAAGACAUAUGGGAUGUUUCCACAAGGCACACAACAAGCUACUCGAAGCUUUUCUUCCACACGUCGGACACCCGCAUCCGAAGGACACCAGUCAUUCGGCGGACACCUGCGAGAAAGCCGCUGAGUCUCUAUCGCACAUCAGUGAGCGCUCACUCUCCCCCUGGCGGACAAGGACUGUGCACAAGCCAGAUAUGUACCCCAAAUCAUAUGAGGAAGCAAAGUGUUUGUGUGAAGGAUGCAUCAUUAACGGGGUUGAGAAUAUGGCCUACAACUCUGUGCCCGUGCAGAGAUCUAUGUUAUUCCUGAAGAAGGUCUCAUGCCCGUCUGACCCGAACAAAUACUCUUUAGAGUAUGAACACGUGCUAGUGACUGUGGCCUGUACCUGUGUGGUCCCUCGCCAGUAAGAGAGGACAAUAUAAACCAAACCUGUAGAGACGAGUCUCAUUUACCAUGUCGUGUUUGUUUUAAAAUGCAAUUUUUGAUAAGGUACUUACGUUUUUUUAUAUGCUUAUAUGAUUAAGCUGAAAAGGUUGCAUGUGUCACAUGUUUUUAAUACUUAAAAACCAUCAUAGUCUUUCUUGAGGGAAGAUCUAUGUGUAUUAUUGUAAAACACUACUUUAUUUAGAGCAUUAUUUAUUUAUGUAAUAAUAACUUAUUUAUUGUUUAUUUAACUUUUGUAUAAAUUAUUCAAAUAUGUGAACUUUUGAUAUUGUGCCUAUUGCUGUCCUUGUAUAACUGUGUCAAUGACAGGAAUAGUUAUAUCAAGUUUCAGUGAUGACGAUAAAAUGUGUUGCAAUUUGUAUUAUGUUGAAUAAAAUCUAUGCU